GCUCAACAACUCAAAAGUCACUUAGAACUUGUAAAGUGCGGAACGCAAGCGUUCGUACGUGGAAAUCAAGAAUAUUCUUGUUAAGAAUUAAUAAAAAAACUGUAAAGGACUUCUCUUAAGAGAAAAAAAAUUAAAUUUAAAAAAUUGUUUUUGUGUUACGGAAUAGUUGAAUAUCCUUGAAAAUGCGUUUACUGUUGGAUAAGCAAAUUGAACUCAUCGAUCCUUCGGAGCUCUUGCGCCCCGAACCGGCUUUCGCUGACAAAUGUAUAUCGAAAUUCCGCGAUUACAGCGUCAAUGAUGAAGAUCCUUUGAAGGAGCGUGUACGCAGAACCUAUCGUCAAAUGCAUCUUAAUCAAACAGUGGACUUUGUUAAAGGUCGUCAUGAUCGCUGGCUGAAAUUCAACACCUUCCAGGCUACCGUGCGCGAGGCGCUUGAGAAGCUCAACGAUCUGGUUGACGAAUCUGAUCCCGACAUUGAUCUACCCAACAUCGUGCACGCCUUCCAGGCUGCCGAGCGCGCACGCGAGGAAUACCCCGAACUCGAUUGGCUACAUUUGACCGCGCUCAUACACGAUCUCGGCAAAGUGAUGGCUUUCUACGAUGAGCCACAAUGGGCUGUCGUGGGUGACACCUUCCCGGUGGGCUGUGAAUGGGGCGAUAACAUUGUCUACCGCGCCGAUAGCUUUGAGGGCAAUCCCGAUGGUGAGAAUCCCAAAUACAACACUAAAUAUGGCAUUUAUGAGCCGAAUUGCGGUGUUGACAAUUUGCUGAUGUCGUGGGGACACGACGAAUACAUGUACCGCGUGUUGAAGCACAACAAGACUAAGCUGCCACAUGUGGCAUGCAACAUUAUACGCUUCCACUCGUUCUACCCAUGGCACAAUGGUGGCGAUUACCAACAUUUGGAGGCACCUGGCGAUGAGGAGACCAAAAAAUGGGUACUCAUCUUCAACCGCUAUGACUUGUACACCAAGAGCGAGAAGCUGCCCGAUAUUGACGCUUUGUGGCCUUACUACCAAUCCUUGAUUGACAAAUACUUGCCUGGUGAUUUGGAAUUCUAAGUAAAUGGCGCCGGUAGCGAUUUGAUGAGCUCCAUGCGAGUGACAACAUAAUUAUUCCUAUUAUACCUCGAGUUGAUCUGGAGGCCUAACUACAACAAACACAUUGUACAUACAGACAUUAUGCAUAACAAUACAUAUGUAUAUACUUCCAUAUACAUAUAGACUUUCAUACUUAAUUACUAUAUUUUAUAAUUUUGAAAGCAUUAGUUUUUAAGCUUUUACACGGCAACGGUUUAAACAUUGAUUUGUACCCAAAAGCUGUUAAUGGACUUAAUUUUUAUACUUUGAUGAUUUUAUCACAAGCAAAAAUAUAUGAAAUAAAAAUAAAUAUGAAAAAUUGUAUAUAAAGCAAA